CAAGCGAGCUCCCAACGGAAACGACAGCCGGCAGAGACGCAAGCCGGGAGCGACGCUGACGCCAAACACGCACCCGUUUCCUCCGUACAUCGUGUCCUCUGUUCGCCGGGCACGGUUGCUCUUGAUUGUCCUCUCUCGUUCAUAGUUUUGGCGGCGGGAUUACGGCGAACCACGAUUGACGACGAGGAGUUGACGUCCGGGAAGCCUCAAAUCGUGCUUUGGGCUAGUGUUAGAGGGGAAAGGUGAAGGAAGAAGGAAAACGGUGUAGGGACACGUACAAGGCUUAUAAGUACGUUUGGGAUCGUCAGGGCAGGACAUAAGUUGAUAAUCGACUUGGAAUUAAGG